AUGUCGACAAACAAAUCCAGUUCCAAAAAACGAAAGCGCGACGCGAGCCCAAGCUCGACCCUGACCUUUGAGCUAUCAUCGUCCAAACAGACCAAAGGAGGACCCUUCCUAGUUAAUUAUCCGGUGGUAAAGGCUCCUGAAAAGACGGCCUUCAACUGCUAUGCGAACAAGAAGCAGAAAACUUCCGGAGACGCUGAAGAUGAGCGUCAAAAUGAUAUUCUGCUCGCUGGGGAGACAGAAACUGUCGAAUUCAUGACCAACGAGGACGAGACAUAUCGAGUGGCUCAGGGCGGUUGUCAUUAUUUCAUCGCACUACACAACAAGAAAACGGGGAAAGUGGCUGUUCUACCCCAAUCAACGUCUCCACAUAUCCUCGUUCACACCGUAAAGGCCCUCAAAUCUAUCGCCCCUGCCCCUGCACCCUCGAAAACCCAAUUCCGAGAGGCCAAAAACGCCCUGGGAGAGACGUUUGGAACCAAAAAGGCUAAAGCAGCCAUCCGUGCUCAAGAACGGAAUCAUGUCGAUGUUGGCGCGAUGGAAGGCGUCAUGGGCUACGUUAUGGACAGUAUCGACAAGGGCGCUGAAGGUUUAAUGACCACCGAGGAGGCAAAGGUUGCAUCCGAUACGAAUAGGCUUAUCCCACCGUUCUCAACUGAAGCGACCUCACCGGACGACAUCUAUCCUCUCUACAGCAUCAUUCCUGAAGCAGAGUGGAAAGCACUAUCAAUCAGCGCACUUGAUUCUACGAAGAACGAGAAGGAACGACUUGCUUUGCUUCCUUACCGUUACUCUGAAUGGCUCAGGCAACACUUGCGUAACUCGGGAACUGCUGAGUCCCCUAAAACCAGGAAAAGGAAUCUGAAAAUCUUGCUUUACAUCUCCGCUAUGCUCGCCUUCCGUCAGGCAACUUCUCGAAAAGAAAUCAAUAAAGAUCAGAUCUAUGAAAAGCUAGCACCUUUACCUAGCAUCGUCGCCGAUAGCUUGCUUUCCCGGUUCACGGAAGUUGCCAGAGGAUCCACUUCAUACCAGUCCACUUCAACUACCAAAACAAAUUUGUUGACUCACAUUUUCGCUCUCUGCCUCAAAGUUGACCAAUUUGCCACGGACACAGAGAUGCUCGCUCAAGAUCUAAGCAUGAAGACCGCAGAGGUCAACCAACUCUUCAGAUCCCUGGGUUGCAAGAUGGUUAAACUGGGCGACCGGGAACGCACCAGACUCGGGUUGUCUGACGAAUCCGCCGAGAAAAAACGCGCCGUUCUCACUGCGCCAGUCGAAUUCCCAAAGCCUCGACUAAGGCGGAAAACCUAG